ACCAUAAACGAUGCAUCAUGCAAUGUUCGUGCAUAAUUUGAUUGCUUUACUAAAGCAAAACAACGGGUUGCAUGCUAAUGGUUUUAUAAAUUGGGCCAUGUUGCAGGCAAAGCAGUCUGCGCAGAGACCACAGCAACAUGAGCUGCGCUAUUGUUUCAAUUCUACUGCAAUAUUUUGACUUAAACGACGUCAGUUAGCUUAAAAGUAGAAGUGCUUAUUCCAGAUGUUAUGCUAGCUGUAUCAGCGACGUUUGAUGUUUGUUUAUUUGUGCGUAUUUGUGUUGGAGAGCGGGCGUUUAGCUUUGUUACGUUUUUGCAAUUGCUAAAUGUAACUAAGCUGUGCUUUUUCGUCAUACCACCAUCUUAAUUAAUGCUCGGUUGCAGGUGGCACCGUAAAGUCGAGGAAAUAUUGGCCCUAAAUGAUCGCUGCAGUUAGCCCGCCGGCUAACUAUUAUUGUAUUUGGCUAGCUCUGAACGCCACAUGACGCUUGCGCUAAUUAGCGCUAUUUUCGCAUGAUUAAGUGGUGUGUUGGCGUUGCUGUGUCCGAGUUGUUGUGUACGUGUACGCUAGUGGCCAUGUAUUUCAACCACAAAAUAAUGACAGAAGAAUUUACACUGGCGUUACCGCACUCCUCCUUGUUUUUACAGCAAGAAAUGGGCAAGAAGCAGAACACCAAGACUAAGAAGGAUGCCCAAGAUACGCAAGACGAACCUGAGGAGUUUGUUGUGGAAAAAGUCCUCGACCAGCGUCUUGUUAAUGGGAAAGUAGAAUUCUUCCUGAAGUGGAAAGGAUUUACAGAUGCUGAUAAUACCUGGGAGCCUGAGGAGAACCUUGACUGCCCAGAGCUGAUUUCAGCAUUUUUGGAAGCACAGAAGAACGUAAAGGAGAAGCCUGCUCCUGUUAAGAGGAAGGCAUCCACAGAUGAGCCAGAGACGGAAUCGAAGAAGAAAGACGUGGCUGAGAAACCACGUGGCUUUGCCAGGAACCUUGAACCAGAACGAAUCAUUGGUGCAACAGACAGUAGUGGGGAGUUGAUGUUCUUGAUGAAAUGGAAAGACUCAGAUGAAGCAGAUUUGGUCCCAGCCCGUGAGGCCAACACUCGUUGCCCUCAGGUGGUCAUAUCCUUUUAUGAGGAGAGACUGACAUGGCAUUCUUGUCCAGAAGAUGAAGCGCAGUAGUGUUCCCUUUGGUCACUGCAGUCCCUUGAAACACCUGCACCCUUUCCUCAGGACUGGAUUCUCUCCUCUGGCUUACCUUCUAGUUUUAGCUAGUUAGUUAUUUUUGAAGAUGAUUGAAUGUUCGCGUUGUUUGGUCAGAGAAAGUUGUUGUCAUGUCGUACAUUUUCUGCAAAACUGAUUGAGAGAACAGGUGAUGGUGUUGUCAUGUAUAAUGAAAGAAGUCCUUCGGUAUCUUUAAGAUUGAUUGGUUCUUUUGAUAGACCUACCACCACACACAUUCAUACCCGUUCAAAUGUUCUGGAUUCUAUAUAAUGGCUGCUUUAAUCUGUUAAACUUUCAAUCACCUCUUUCUAUGACCUUCAGUCUCGUAUGUUUUUUUGUUGUUGUUGUUUUUCACUAUAAUACUGGUGAUGUUUUGUUUCAGAAGUGCAUUUUGUAUCUGUAAAUACUAUUUUAAGUUCUAAUAAAGGUUUUAUGUGGCCAAA